UCGAACAAAAUAGCUUUUGAGUUUGAGAAUAAGAUUGAUGACGUAAACAGAACACAAAAAAGGAAGAAACUUGGUAUAACUGUUGACGGCUGACAUUGCCACGUGUAAUUUCACCGCCCAUUGUCACGCAAGCACCCUGAUUUUGUCAGACGGCUAAGAUCUGAUUUCCAUUAAAAGGAUCAGACGGCGGAUAUUAACUUUUCUCAAACUGUCUCACCUAUAAAAACGACACAGUUCCUUCUUCGCCGGUGCGGUGCAGUUUCUCUGCCCUCCUCCCCCCAAAACCUUUCUUAUUAUUUAAAAAAUAUAUAUUUUUCCCCCAAAGCUCAUAUAUUUUCCGUCGGCGUUGUCUUCCGUCCGGUUCUCCUCCGGAUUUCCGACGAUUCUAUCCCUAUUUAUCACUCCCUCUCCUCUUCAUUCCCCAAAACACCAAAAAAAAAAAAUUCCCACAUAUUUUGAACUUUAGUUCUAAAAUCCUUUUUUUCUCUAUAAUUCUGAUUUAAUAGAGAUAGGAGAGGGAAGCAAAAAAAAGGAAAAAAUCCGAAAAAAGGAGAAGGAUCUAGGAGAGUUAGGGCUAGUUUAUUUUGAGGAUGGCGCAGAUUCAGGUUCAGCAUCAGGCGCCGGUUUCCGGUCCAAAUGGCGUGGCUCCGGGAGCUUCCGGAGGAGCGCAAUUCAUGCUUACGUCUCUCUAUGUCGGGGAUCUUGAUGUUACCGUUACCGAUGAGCAGCUAUACCAACUGUUUAGCCAGGUGGCUCCGGUCGCAUCAGUUAGGGUUUGCCGGGACUUGGCGAGCGGCCGCUCUCUUGGCUAUGGCUAUGUCAAUUAUAACAACCUUCGCGAUGCGGCUAGGGCAAUGGAUCUACUGAAUUUCACACCACUGAAUAAUAAGCCUAUCCGAAUCAUGUAUUCUCAGCGUGAUCCUAGUCUUCGUAAGACUGGUACCGCAAACAUAUUUAUCAAGAAUCUGGACAAGUCUAUUGACCACAAAGCAUUACAUGAUACAUUUUCUUCAUUUGGCAACAUUCUUUCUUGCAAGAUAUCUACUGAUAGUUUUGGCCAAUCUAAGGGCUAUGGUUUUGUACAAUUUGACAAUGAAGAAUCUGCUCAAAAUGCAAUCGACAAAUUAAAUGGUAUGUUGAUUAAUGACAAGCAGGUCUAUGUAGGACAUUUCCUUAGAAAACAGGAAAGAGAGACUGCAUUGAAUAAGGCCAAAUUCAAUAAUGUUUAUGUGAAAAAUCUUUCCAAGUCUACAACAGAUGAAGACUUAAAAACAAUUUUUGGUGAGUAUGGCGAAACUACUAGUGCCGUAGUUAUGAGGGAUGCAGAUGGGAAGUCUAAGUGUUUUGGAUUUGUCAACUUCGAAAAUGCUGAUGAUGCUGCUAAAGCUGUUGGAGCUCUUAAUGGAAAGAAAUUUGAUGAUAAAGAGUGGUAUGUUGGAAAAGCCCAGAAAAAAUCUGAAAGAGAGCACGAGCUAAAAGCUCAAUUUGAGCAAACUAUGAAGGAAGCUGCAGAUAAAUCUCAGGGUGCAAAUUUAUACAUUAAAAACUUAGAUGAUAGUAUUGGUGAUGAAACAUUGAAGGAACUUUUUUCAGAGUUUGGUAACAUUACAUCUUGCAAGGUUAUGCGUGACCCUAAUGGAAUUAGUAAGGGCUCUGGGUUUGUUGCAUUUUCAACUCCUGAAGAAGCCUCUCGUGCUCUUGCUGAGAUGAAUGGUAAAAUGGUUGUUAGCAAACCACUUUAUGUUGCAGUGGCGCAGAGGAAAGAAGAGAGAAGAGCAAGGCUACAGGCUCAGUUUUCUCAAAUGAGACCAAUUAUCCCCUCAGUUGCUCCUCGUAUGCCAAUGUUUCCUCCUGGUGCUCCAGGUCUUGGCCAGCAAUUUUUAUAUGGGCAAGCACCUCCAGCUAUGCUUCCUCCACAAGCUAGUUUUGGUUAUCAGCAGCAACUGCUUCCUGGAAUGAGGCCUGGUGGCCCCCCUGUACCAAACUUCUUUGUUCCCAUGGUCCAGCAGGGUCAGCAGGGCCAGCGUCCAGGGGGACGACGAGGAGCUGGUGCUGUCCAACAGACUCAGCAACCAAUGCCGAUGAUGCAGCAGCAGAUGAUGCCCAGGGGGCGUGCCUAUCGUUACCCCCCUGGUCGUAACAUGCCUGAAGUUCCACUGUCUAAUGUUGGUGGAGGCAUGCUUUCUGUUCCAUACGACAUGGGUGGCAUGCCCUUGCGAGAUGCUGGUAUCGGACAGCCUAUGCCGAUUCCAGCUUUGGCUACAGCUCUUGCAAAUGCGACACCUGAACAGCAAAGGACGAUGCUUGGUGAAAGCUUGUACCCCCUUGUGGAACGGCUUGAGCGUGAUGCAGCUGCCAAGGUUACAGGCAUGCUUCUGGAGAUGGACCAAACAGAGGUUUUGCAUCUCCUGGAAUCACCAGAAGCUUUGAAGGCCAAAGUAGCUGAAGCCAUGGAGGUGUUGAGGAGUGUUGCUGCUCAGCAACAGGCCAACAAUCAAGCCGACCAAUUGGCUUCAUUGUCCCUGAAUGAUAACCUCGUUUCCUGAGUGACUAAAUUCGGGUCCAGUUUCUUGGCAGAGAAGUUGCUAAACCCUUUAUCAAAACUGGGCUAUCUUUGUUUAUUAGGCUUUAAGUUUGGAACCUUUAUAUAUUUGCUUUGUUUUUGUCGGUUAAUAGGGUUUUUAAUACUUGCUAGACAUUGUUUGGUUUGGUUUGCCUUCGUUUUUCUUUAAUUUACUGGCUUGUUAUGGACAACCGUAAGUUUGUUUGAUGUUAAAACCUACUUUUAGAACAA